AUGCACAACAACAGCCACAACAGCAACUACAACAGCAGCCACAGCAACAACCACAGCAGCCACAGUAGCCACAGCAGUAACGGCUACCACUACCUGGAAUACACACUCAUUGAAGAACAGCCAACCAACACAUACAUAGGAAAUAUCAUCACAAACCGAAAUCUCACUUCGACCCUGACCCAAUCAGAUCUCGACCAAUUAGAAAUAACCUUCUUCACCAAACCGGAAGCGGAAAUGCAAUUUUUUGACCUUGAUCGAAAGUCAGGUAAACUCUCGACCAAUAGAAGAGUAGAUAGAGAGCAAGUCUGCCCAGGAUUGGUCAGCUGUCUGCUUCAAUUCGAUGUGUCCGUCAGACCACUGAGGUUAUUUCAGAUCCAAAUCGAAAUUCUCGACAUUAACGAUAACGUACCGGUAUUCGAAGAGUCGCCGAUUAUGAAGAGCAUUUCGGAAUCUGCCGACCUUGAUACGGUUCUCAAGGUUAAACCCGCCGUCGACCUUGACAGCAGUAGCAGCAGUAGCAACAACAACAACCACAACAACAACAACCCAUUUGAAUUAGUUGUUGAAGAGCGCGCUGACGGCAGAAGUGAUGUUAAAUUGAAAUUAAGAAGUAAAUUAGACCGAGAGAACGUUGAUGUUUACAAGCUGAUCAUCUACGCCAUGGACGGCGGUCACCAAACCGGAAGUUGCGUCAUCGACAUAGUCGUUCUUGACACGAACGACAACAGCCCGAUUUUUGAAAAGGCUACUUAUGACGUCAUCGUGCCGGAAAACGCCCAGAUUGGAACGACGAUAAUAACCGUGAGGGCGAACGAUCGAGAUCAGGGCUUGAACUCCCUGGUUCACUACUCCCUUUCCUACCAGUUUCACUCCGAGUCGUCCAUCUACUUUGGCGUCAAGCCUCAAUCCGGAAAGAUUUUCCUGAAAUCCAACCUGGAUUACGAAACAAAGAAGGUGCACAUAUUCACUGUGACAGCGACGGACCGGGGUUCGAAUCCUCUUCCCGCACAUGCCUCCGUCGUCGUCAGAGUCCAAAACGUCAACGACAACAAACCGGAAAUCAGCGUCAGGACGAUGACGUCA